AUGACGGAUACAGAUAUGAAAAUCGACCCGCAGAGAGCUGCUGCUCUAGUAUCGCAGAUCAAAACCGUGCGUGAGCGCAUCGCUGCUGUGGCCAACGGCCGCGAUGUCCGCUUAGUCGCCGUCUCGAAGUUGAAGCCAGCCAACGACAUUCUCGCGUUGCUAGAGCAGGCUUCACCGCCGCAACUUCACUUCGGCGAAAACUAUGCCCAGGAGCUGAGCCAGAAAGCCGAGCUGCUACCACGAAGUAUACAGUGGCACUUCAUCGGCGGCCUACAGUCUGGCCACUGCAAAUCCCUCGCCAAAAUCCCCAACCUCUUCAGCGUCUCGAGCAUCGACACCGAGAAGAAAGCCCAACUCCUAGACAAAUACCGCGGCGAAUACCUCUCGUCCCUCUCAUCCCCAUCCCCCUCCCCCCCAACCAACCCCCCUCCCCGGCAAAAUCAACAUCCACAUCCAAGUCAACACCUCCAACGAACCCAGCAAAUCCGGCUGCACCCCCGGCGCCUCCACCCUCUCUCUCUGCCGCGCCGUCGCCGCCCUCCCGAACCUGCAUCUGCUCGGGCUGAUGACCAUCGGCGCCAUCGCCCGCAGCGUCGCCACGACUCCCGAGACCGAAAACGACGACUUCCUGUGCCUGCGCGAGCAGCGCGACCUGGUCGCCGCCGAGCUGGGCUUGGCGCCCGAGGACCUGGAGCUGAGCAUGGGUAUGAGCGAGGACUACGAAGGGGCUAUUGUCGCGGGGAGCAGCGAGGUGCGUGUUGGGAGCACGUUGUUUGGCGCGCGGGGGCCGAGGAGCGAGGCUAA